AUGAAGCGGUACGCGCGAUCAGACAAGCGCUGCAAAUUACCAAGUUGGAUUCAGGCACAGUUGAGUGAUGCUUACGUAAAUCUCUCGACGGAGGAGGCAGCUCAGGCGUGUCGACGCUUCUUGCGCCUCAUGGGUAGUCAUCCCUUCCGAAAAAAGGACCAGUUGGGUCUCGCUCUCCUAACUCGUGAACAUGUGGAGGCUUUGGUCAAAGAGCGUGCUGAGGCUGCCGUCAUUCAGCACUACAGCAAUGCCACAACUGCGAACAACUCCACGGUGCCUGGGAGCCAUAUGCCGAAGCUGUCUUCUGCCCUCCCUUCCACUCAGAUGUAG